AUGGUGAAGAAGAAAGAGUACCGGUACGCUGCAAUUUGUUCAUAUUAUGAUGACGAAGAAGGAGAAUUGACUGUUACAUUUCUCAAGGUAUGUAAUAAAGAAGGAAACUUAUUUAAAUUAGAUGAAGGUGAUGUCGCUGACGUACUUUAUGAAGAUGUGAUUGAAAAACUGUCAAUGCCCUGUUUGAUUUUCAAAGGUGAUAGAGUGUUUUACGAUUUUAAAAAGGCUAUAAAUGUUUUUGAAAAGUGAGAUUAUUUUAUUCAGAUAUUGUUAAGUCUUCUUUGUUACUAAAUAAUGAUAUAGAGAAACUGAUAAGAACAAAUACUAAGACUGAAUAUCAUAACUCUUAAAGAUUUUGUUUGCCUUUGAUUAUUUAGGAUGUUGAUUUUG